GUCUGUCUGUCUGUCUGUCUGUCCUUGGACAGCGGAGAGCGGGCAUCUGGCAACAGCGAACAACACCAAGCCUCCUUCUACCUUACAAGCUUAUUGUCAUCAUCAAUACCUACCUGUAGAUACCUCUAAUCGCCCGCCAUGGCUGCUAUACCCGCCGCCGUCGUCGACACUGCUGGCCCAGCUGGCUCCGAGGAGAUCCAUGUCGCCCCAUCCCUCCCACUCACCCAGAAGCUCAAGUACGGCGCAUUGGCUUACGGCAUCACCAAGCUCAUCAAGACCCCGCUUAACUUGAUCACGGCCAUCAAAACCGACUACUUGGGCUCAUCCCCGACCAACCCGGAUAUCAUCAAGGCGUUUCCUUCAAGACCGCAGUUGCCCGUUCGGGUAUUCCUCCCCAAAUCACACUCGGGCGAGGACCCAUCUGACAAGAAGCUACCCACCUUACUCACCAUCCACGGCGGUGGCUUCGUCCUCGGCUCACCCUACGACAACGACGGCUGGAACCGGCGCUUCGUCCAACUUGCCGAAGAAGGCGGAACUCCCUUUUGCGUCAUCGCCCUCGACUACCGCAAAGCCCCUUCCUACCCAUUCCCCACAGCAAUCCACGAUCUCGAAGCCGUCAUUUUGGACCUCCUCAAGCCAGACUCAUCAAACCACGGCGACGACCUGCCCAUCGACGUCAACCGCGUCGCCAUUGCGGGGUGGAGCGCCGGCGGGAAUCUGGCGUUGGCCGUCUCGCAACUACCGACAAUUCGCCCGCUAGUCAAGGCUGUUGUGCCCAUGUACCCCGUUCUGGACUUUGUCACUCCCUCAGAGGUCAAAGCGACAAAAUCGAGAAGGUAUAAACCGGCUUUGGGCGGGUUUAGGGGAAAGAAGACGGAUUUCUUGAUGGGCUUGUCGGGCAUGUUUGAUUGGAGCUAUGUCGAGCCCGGACAAAAGAUGGGGGAUCCGUUGUUGAGUCCGGUUUAUGCUGUUACGGUGGAAGAUACAGCAGAAGGGAAGGUGACAAAGGGGAGGGAAAAGUUUCCUGCGAAUGUCUUUGUUAUUGCCUGCGAGCUGGAUAUGUUGGGGGGUGAGGCGUGGAGGUUGGCGUGCAAGUUGGGAGGAAAAAAGGUGCCGGGGGUGGAGGACAGGUUGGGGAGGGAAGAGGUGGGUGAGGAGAAGGGGAAGUUGGAGUUGGAGGAUGAGAGGUUUCAUUGGCAGGUGGCAGUGGAGGAGGGGCAAGUGAAGAGGAGGUAUAUGUGGUUGUUGGUGCCGGAUGCUAUUCAUGGGUAUGAUCAAGAUGGGGUUGGGCGGUUUGGAGAUGAGGAAUUGGUUAGCGAUGGGAUGGAGAAGAGGGAGGAGGUUAUGAAGAUAAUCAGGGGGUGGUUGAUGGAUGGAGUUCUAUGAGCUGUUGGGGACCUGGGUAAGUCUGGCGUAGUGAAGCGAAUGGGUUUGAUGUUCCCUCAGUCCGUUUUCUUUUUUCUUAUCUGACUCCUUGCUAGGUUCUACCUAUGUAUAUCUUCGCGAAUAGGCAGGAAACGCUGUUUUGUUCUUGCUUGCUCAUUCAACAUCAAUUUCAGAUGUCGUACUCAGCAUCGGGUUGCCCACGUUUCAAUUCGAAUAUCCCGGGACAAACAUCAACCGGCACUGCAAUGAUACCUGCAUCCAGAGUCCAGACAAAUCGCAAUAUCCGGGUAACGUUGCAUGUUCAGUUGUCCCCCAGGAGAUGUAACGACCAUCGAUAAUUGGUGGUGUACCUGGCCGUGUCAAUGUGAUGGUCUUUUG